GGGGGCUGAUGUGAUCAGAUGGGACGUUCAGGGCCCGCUCGAGAUGACGAUCCAACGCCGCUGUACCGACUCGUGACUCCCAUUCAUCCGUGGAGCUGUCAGCCCUUCCCAUUCAUGAAGUCCACAGCGCCGCCCGCUGCACAGCGACCCGCCGCCGGCUGCGGAGGGGCUCCGCGGGCCCGCGGGGGCCCGGUUACAGGCCUGCUAUUGACUUCCUCUCGGGUGUCUCUUCAUUGGCUUCACGAGAGACUCGCCUCUCCUCGUGGGUUGGCAUGGCCCAGUGAUGAACGGCGCGGCGCUGCCCGGUAGCCCGGAGCUCUCCUCCUCGUGCCCGCUGCCGGACUGGCGAGAGUUCUGCGAGCUCCACGCUCGGGCCUCCGCUGCCGACUUUGCGGACAAGUUCCAGCGCUUCCUGUUGGAGAAUCCGUGCUACGACUCGCCCGGCGCCGACGCCAGCUUCUCGCAGCACUUUGCCCGCCACUUCCUGGAGUGCUUCUCGGCGGCGCUGACCCAGGCCCGGGAGAACCAGGCGUCCUCGCCGGGGGAGGACGGCUCCGGCGCAGCGACCAAGUACAGCAUCGUUCCUUUCCUGGGAAUCCAGGGCUGCCCGCUGUCCUACGGCCAGGACCUUUACCAGAGACGCAAGGACGCCGGGGCUUCCAGUGAAUCCUUGGAUAGCAUGGACAGUGGAGGGGGGGGGAUGGACGGGGGCGCUGCCUCCCGGGACCCCCAGCCGACCCACAAAGUGUCUGCUUUGGGACAGUCGCGCAGCUCGGAGGACGUGUCGGUCAGUCACCCGAAGGCUCGCUUCAAGAAGGGCUUCUCCCUGAGGAACAUGAGCCUCUGCGUGGUGGACGGGGUGAAGGAGAUGUGGCACAGGCGGGCCUCCCCCGAACCCGACGGGCCCCCUGGAGCCAGGAGGGUUAACGGUGGAGGAGUGGGAGGAGUGGGUGGGGGAGGGGAGGCCGCAGGGGGAGAGAAAUGGUCCCAAAAGCUGCGGCUCCCCAGAGGUUCCCAGGGCCACAAGACAGAGAUGCUGGAGAUCCAGAGGGAGGGAGCGCUGAGAUACAUGGUGGCUGAUGACACAAACUGUAUGGGCGCGGCACAGUGGCAGAAGUGCCGCCUUCUGCUGAGGAAGACGAAGAGGGAAGAAGGGGGUGAAAGGUUCCUGCUGGAGUUCUACGUUCCACCUAAGUCCUCGAAGCCCAAAGUGAGCAUCCCUCUGACAGCCAUCGUGGAGGUGAGGACCACCAUGCCGCUGGAGAUGCCCGACAAAGACAACACUUUUGUUCUUAAGGUGGAAAAUGGGGGAGAGUACAUCCUGGAAACCAUCGACUCGCUUCAGAAAAACUCCUGGGUCGCUGACAUCCAGGACUGCAUAGACCCGGGUGACAGCGGCGAUGACAUCGAGCUGGCGUCGUGUCCCAAUGGCCAGGCCUCCAAAGACUGCUCCAUGGUGGCCUCCUGCAGCUGUGAGCUGCUGUCCGAGGGUGUGUAUCGUGCGCCGGAGAGGACGUGUCCGACAGCAGCAGAGCAUUACGGCGUCCCCUCAGUGCGUUGCAGGGAGCCCCCCUUCACCCAGCACCCGUCCCACAUGCCUUUAGAGCGCUUCCUGCAGUCCCCCGAGGCUCAGGCCUCCAACUCCUCUGCAGGUGGCGGUGAAGGAGCGAAAGAGUCCGAUGGCGAUGCCAGCCUGGCAGGUUACCCGUGGUUCCACGGCACACUGUCCCGCGUGCGUGCCGCUCAGUUGGUGCUUGCGGGCGGGGCCAGAAGUCACGGGCUCUUUGUGAUUCGUCAGAGCGAGACGCGGCCCGGCGAGUACGUCCUCACCUUCAACUUUCAGGGCAAAGCUAAGCAUUUACGCCUGUCGGUGAAUGAAAACGGGCAGUGCCACGUCCACCACUUGUGGUUCCACACCGUGUCGGACAUGCUGAGACACUUCCACGCUCACCCCAUCCCCCUUGAAUCCGGAGGCUCCGCUGACAUCACGUUGCGCUCCUACGUGCAAGUGCAGCGAAGCUCCAGCACAGAUGUGACGGGGCCUCCGGUUCUCACCCCACCCAGGGAAGCAGGCUGCUGGACGGAUUCAUCCCAGCCAGCCCUCCACCCCCCUGGGAUCACAGCGCCCGCAGGGCCCCCACCCGAUGUGCCGCUCUCCUCCAGCACCUCCUCCUCGCCCACCGCUCUCCCCUCCCUCUCCCGCAGUGACCCGGGUACUGGAGGAGGAGGAGGGUUACAGAGCCGGAGCAACAGCUCUGAGCGCCUGCUCGAGGCCUCUGGCGGUGGACCUGAUGACUACCACGACGCCGACGGGACCCGCCGGGCUCGGGCAGUAGAGAACCAGUACUCCUUCUACUGAGCGGCCCGGCGCGGGGGGUCGGUAUUGGAGGGGAUGAUUUAAAGAAAACGUCCCAAAUCGCUGCAUCGCCCAUUGUUUUCUUUGUUUGUUUGGUCUUCUGAGGCAGUUUCCUGGUUUCUAAUUUGAGGACAGAGGUGAGAGCAGCUCGCGAAUCCAUCGGGCAUCGGCAGCUUCGUUUCAAACUCGGCUGUUGAGAAUGUGAGCGAGCCGGGAAACCGAAGGCAAAAGUAAGAAACAAGACGUGUAGAAAAUGCAGCGGGGAAGAUGAGUGGGCGGAGGAAAGUGGAAGGAAGUCCAGUUGAGUCAUAUGGCUUUGAUUCAUCACUUCUGACCACUUCCUGUUCACCCUUAACCACAACUCCCUGGGAGCAGAUUCUCUGUCACCGUCCCACCGAACGACAGUUUGAAAUGACCCUGAAGAAACAGUCCCUCCCCUCAGAGAUCCUCCGAGCUCCCAAGAGCCUCCCGUUAAUGUUUGUAAAUCUGCUUUGAGUCUGUCCCGGAUAUCCUGACUGUCCCUGCAGGGUUUCCAUACAAAGUCCUGCUCUGGCUUUCUAACAUCGGCGCAGCAAUCACGGGUGUGCCGGUGUCAGAGGUGUUUUUCUUAAACCGUGUACAGCCAAAAGGGUCUAAGUGCCUGACAAUUACCUUGGACCUGAAUGGAUUGUUGCCCAUGGCGACAAGGAGGAUGGUGUUAACAUCUUGCACACUCAUCAUCACCGUCAUUUUCUGCUUAAAACUCACUGAACAUGCAUUUCCGUACUGAGACAGUUCUCACAGUUUUAUUUGUGGCUGCAACACACACACACACACACACACACACACACACACACACACACACACACACACACACGCACACGCAGCUAGUCAUAUGUUGUGAUAGAAAUCCAUUUAAAGGUGUUGGAGGCGGAGGAUGAACAACACACGUUCGGUCUGUAUGAACAUGUCGAGGUGGCUCCUGUUUUGCUGUCACACUGGGCUGUUUCUAUGAGUGUGUGGUGAUGUAAUAGAGUCCAAAUAUUUUUCAAUGAUCGCGUGCUGCAGUAGUGUUUUUACAUCGUGGUCCCUCCUUCUGGUGCUGGUUCUGUAUUGAAGCUUAUCAUGUCAAUAGCCUGUAGAUUAGAUAUGCUGUUACUAUAGUUCACUUUGAAGUAAUGCCUUGAAGUUAUUAGUAAAUCCAAACCCAGCAUUUAGGCUAUUGGAGGGACUGGGACUUGUUUUUUUGGGGUGGUGGCAGUAUUGUGUGCCGUUUGUGUGGACUUUAGCAGUGAGCUUAAGGGACCUAGAUGGCCAUUCUUGAAGGAGAAGAUGUGACAAAUGCUGCUUUACUUUUCAUUGACAGAGUAAUGAGUUUAAGCUUUGUACGGUGAUAAUUCAAAACUAAAAUAAAUUUCCCACCGCAAAAUAUUCCCGUUACUGUACGAAUUGACUUCAUGGUCCUGCACAUUCAUUCUAACCCAAAACAGUAUUCAAAAUAUCGUCCUGUAGCAAUCGUUGGGCAUAAAUACACUUUCUUGCCCAGAAUCCAUUCAGCAAAUCAAUAUUACUCGCGUGUAAGUAAUAAAUAUGAAGCUAUGCUGCCAGCAGCUGGUGAGCUUAUCUGAGCACAAAGACGAGAAACAGCAGGAUACAGCUGUCACACUUGGGUCCGUCUCAUCCACCGCGUGGGUGGCGGUUCAGGAAGGUCCCUGAGAAAAAGCUCAGGGAGGCAGAAUGCUUGUUAGCCAGCUUUAAAUAUGCCAGUACGCGCAUUUUAUUAAAACUUUUGGUCUUUGUGCCGAGCUAAACCCUCAAGCUGCUGGUCGGUGCUUCACAUUUACUGUACCGGUGUCGUCUCAGCAUCAAGCGUUCUUUACCAAAUGUCAAACUGUCGUUUCAAAGGCACACUUGUAAACAGGAACAGAAAAGUUGACACUUUUCAGCAACUGUAUUUCAAACAUAUGCAACACUUUUGCUACGUCGGAAUAAACAUAUCAAGGUCACACGUCUGUCUUUUCAAGCGUGGCCAUUUAGCCGUGUGGGAGAGAUUUCCGUUCGGAGGAGCGGACGGAGCGUUUCAUGUGCCAAUUUGAAUCCUAUUUUUGAAACAUAUUUAUUCCUAAACCAUGAAUAAAGUGUAAAUUACAUUUUUCCUAUCAAGUGUUAAUUAUGUUGAUGAAACAGCCUCAGUGAAACCCGUCCUUUGCAAGAGCCCAUAUCACAGAUUGCUCAUGCCUCCCUUUUAUUUUCUUAACACUUCUAAAAGCUACGUUUUCUGUUGUCUGACUGAGUUUUGAAGAGUCUGUACAAUUUUGUACAAAGUGAUGUACUUGACAUACUACUUUAUAUUUCUGUGAAUAAAAUGUGAAGAAACUA